AAUGUUUUUCAGUGAGAGGAUAGCGUUUUUCCCCCCUUUUCGACUGCAACUCUCACCUCUCCUGCUUCGCUUUUGCCUCUUCCUUCCGACCUCUCCCUUUUCGCAAGCAAUCCCAGCCAGAUAACACCCAAUAAAACCAUUUGAAACAUCACUCCUCACACCUUUGAAUUACAAUACGCACGCAUACAUUUACUUGUAAUGGCUUCCGCCGUUCUUCUCCAGCUACCCGCCCAUCUUUUCUUCUCCGAUCUCCAGUUAUCCAAAGGGGCUUUUAGUGCUUCCGGGCAUGGAUGGAGAUUAUCAGGAGGGUCCAUUAUCACGAAUGGCACCGGCGAAAGCAAGAGAAUUCGACCCAUCCGAGCUUCCUCGGCUGUUACAAACCUUCCUUCUCCUCCUGUUGCUUCAGCCCGUCUCUCUCAGCCUCCCCCGGAGCCCGAUGAUUCUGAGUUGGAGCCAGCCGACCCCGAUUUCUAUAGGAUAGGAUAUGUUCAAAGUGUUAGAGCUUAUGGAAUCGAAUUCAAGGAAGGACCCGAUGGCUUUGGAGUCUACGCAUCAAAGGAUAUUGAGGCAACUCGUCGCGCUAGGGUGAUCAUGGAAGUUCCAUUAGAAUUGAUGUUAACAAUAAGUAAGGAGUUCCCGUGGAUGUUUUUCCCUGAUAUAAUACCUAUUGGUCAUCCCAUAUUUGAUAUCAUUAACUCAACUAAUCCAAAGACAGAUUGGGACCUUAGGUUAGCAUGUCUUCUUUUAUUUGCACUCGACCUACAAGGUAACUUUUGGCAGUUAUAUGGUGACUUUUUGCCAAGCGCUGAUGAAUGCACUAGCUUGCUCCUGGCUACGGAGGAGGACCUUUUGGAGCUACACGACCAUAAACUUGCUUCAACUAUGAGGGAACAGCAGCGACGAGCCUUGGAAUUUUGGCAAAAGAAUUGGCACUCUGUUGUACCUCUUAAAAUAAUGCGCCUUGCUCGCGAACCAGAGAGAUUCCUUUGGGCAGUGGGUAUGGCACAAUCUCGAUGCAUUAACUUCAAACCGAGGAUUGGUGCACUAAUUAAAGAUAGAAACAUGUUAAUCCCUUAUGCCGACAUGCUAAACCAUUCAUUUCAGCCAAAUUGUUUUUUCCAUUGGCGUUUUAAGGACCGCAUGCUUGAGGUGAUGAUAAAUGCUGGACAACGGGUUGGAAAAGGAGAAGAGCUAACAGUCAAUUACAUGAGUUCACAGAAGAACGACAUGUUCAUGCAAAGAUAUGGAUUUUCAUCGCCGGUGAACCCCUGGGAGGUGAUCCAGUUCUCUGGCGACGCAAAGAUUCAUCUGGAUUCCUUCUUGUCAGUCUUCAAUAUAUCUGGUCUUCCCGGGGAAUAUUACCAUAACAGUCAGUUAGGGAGUGAUGCUGAGGGCUUCAUUGACGGAGCAGUGCUAGCAGCGGUGAGGACAUUGCCCACUUGGUCGGACGGGGCUGUGCCUCCGAUCCCAAGUGCUGAAAGGAAAGCGGUGAAGGAGUUACAGGAAGAAUGCAGGCAGAGGCUUACAGAAUUCCCCACUACUGCUGAGCAAGACAUGCAUAUCCUAGACUCUAUGCCAGAAGCUAGGAGGACACUUGAAGCUGCAAUCAAGUAUAGAUUACACAGGAAAAGUUUCAUAGAGAAAGUCAUCCGGGCAUUGGAUAUUUAUCGGGACCGGAUAUUGUUCUAAUCACCUCGGAAGUCCCAGACGAUUCUGGUUAAAUUGCCAAAACAGGCACUGUGUUUUAAGUAUACAUGGGCAAUUGGAGUAACUCCUCCAUGUUUUAUCUUGCGAAACUCAUAUGUGGAGUAACUGGUUAUGUUCGAGUAUGGGAUAGUGCAGUUAGGUAAUUUUGUCAUUUCUUCGGAAUUUCAUUUCAUCAUUCAUUUUGCUAAUGCCCGUUUGUUGAACAAGGUAUGUUUCAGCACAAGGAAUUGGCCUCUGGAUGAUAGCUUACGUAGGAUUGUUGAAAAAGCUGAAUCUUUGCUGGGAAAUUAGAGAAACUUAAGUAAUUAAGAAGAAAACUGCAAGAAAAA